GUGAGGUGAUUGUUUUGGCACCUGUUGCCAAGGCUCCUCCCUCUCUCCUUCACCGGGCCGGCUGCGGACCAGGGGCGGGCCGUUGGCAGCCUCCGCCCUCUCAACCUUCGCGGGGCGCGGGCCGAGGACCUCAGCUUUUUGGUUCACAGCGGGGCAGGGAGAGCCACGGGAAGGGCUCUCCAGGCGAGAGGCGGACUCCAGGCGAGAGGCGGACGCCAGGCGUCGUGGCAAGGAAAAGGGACUAGCUUCACUUCGUUGUCAGCUGGGGACGAGAAUCGACCCACGCUCCCACCUGGCUGCUCACGAUCCAUCGGAGGCGAUGUCGGCCUCCGGUGCCCGAGGCCUGCGGGCCACCUACCACCAGCUCCUCGAUAAAGUGGAGCUGAUGCUGCCCGAGAAAUUGAGGCCGUUCUACAACCAUCCAGCAGGUCCCAGAACAAUUUUUUUCUGGGCUCCAAUUAUGAAAUGGGGGUUGGUGUGUGCUGGAUUGGCUGAUAUGGCCAGACCUGCAGAAAAACUUAGCACAGCUCAAUCUGCUGUUUUGAUGGCUACAGGGUUUAUUUGGUCAAGAUACUCACUUGUAAUUAUUCCAAAAAAUUGGAAUCUGUUUGCUGUUAAUUUCUUUGUGGGGACAGCAGGAGCCUCUCAGCUUUUUCGUAUUUGGAGAUAUAACCAAGAACUAAAAGCUAAAGCACACAAAUAAAAAGAGUUCCUGAUCACCUGAACAGUCUAGAUGUGGACAUAACCAUUGGGACCUAGUUUAUUAUUUGGUUAUUGAUAAAGCAAAGCUAACUGUGCGUUUGGAAGGCACAAUAAAACUAACUAUAACUGGUAGCUAGUGCUUGAU